AUUUUAUUUUUAAAUAUGAACAAACAUAAGGUUUGCUCGAAAUGUUGUUGAAGUGUUAUCUCGAUGUAUGAAUAAAAGCGUAAUUGGAAUUGUUUUUUCUAUUGUGAUUGUCUUUAAUUCCUUGAAACUGAUGAAAUGGAGUAUUUGCGCCCAGUAUGGAAUUGCUUAAGUUCAUUCUGUGGAUGUAUCCACUGCACAGAAGAUAUUGGGAAUCAGUAUAACUAUGAGCCAAGUGAGCGGACAUAUCUGUUGACUGAUCCUGCAAUACAUAAUAGUCCUGCCUUAAGGCAAACUAAUUCAGAAAAUCUUAGCAACGAUUUAGCGCAAUCAUUACCGAAAAAAGACGAGAAUGCAUUAUGUCGCUUGGUUCAAAGUACGGCCAUGAAUAUGAUUGAUGUAGGAGCUAUGGAUUUACACAACCUUGAGAAUGAAGAGUACAAUGAUCGUAUAAAACUAUAUUCCCAACGUCUUCAGCAACAAUGGAACAAUAUUCAACACCCUGGAAAAGGAGUCUCAGGAUUCCUAAAAGAUAUACCAAAUGCUAACGAUCAAUUGUGUAUAAUGAAUUCACCAGAUGAUUUGUUGCAGAUGUCAAAUUUGUUAAGCGAAAGUCAUGCCGCAUUAUUAGAUUUGCGAAUCGAUCACAAAGAAGCCAUAGUUGUGCCAUUUAGAAUACCAUAAGAAUAUUUUCCGCUAAGCUUUCGUUAUAAAAAGAAAUAAUAUUAAUUAUGAACAA